AUGAACCCGGAUAAUCUCAUCACCCACAGCAUUUUCGUCGUCCCUCUGUAUAGAAAUCCGUGCUUUCUCCUCUUCGAUUUCAAAUGGGGACAAUCGGAGGAGCACGCCGGCGAGAGGAGGAACGCUAGGGUUCCUCGGAGGUCCGCCACAACAGAAAUUGGGGAGAAAAUUGAAGGGCGAGGAAUUGAAUUGCAAAUCCCAAAUUGGGGCAAAUUUGUGCUUUGCUUUUUGGGAGAUUUUUUCUUCUUUUUCUCUUCUUUCUCUCUAAUGGUGUGCCGUGAGAAUAAAGCGAUUUUCCAUCAGAGAGAAAAUAAAAAGAGAAGAAAAUUGGGGAAAAAUUGA